AAAACGUUGUGAGACCGAUGGCGGAUCUGGCCAGAGGCAGGUUCCUUGCUGAAGUGUCUUUGCCGAUCGCCCUCCUUGUGAUGGUUUACACAAUGGGAAUUGAAAAUGUGGAGGCACAAGAACGACUGCCAAAGCCGACCCUGACCGUGGAUCCCCCGUCAGGUGCUGUAACACUGGGCGACAAUGUGACACUCACCUGUGCAGCUCCACAACACACUCCUGGGAUGAGAUUCUUUUUAUACAAAGAUGGUGCUGCAGCAUUACAGGAAACAACAUUAGGAAAUGUACCUGAGGGUGUUUUCCAGAUCACAGGAGUCAACUUCCAGAAUAGCGGCAGUGACAAUGUGAAGAUAACAGUUGAAGCUCCGCGGCCGGUCCUGUCCGUGUCUCCAGCCUCUGUGGUGAAGGGAGGCUCUGUCACGUUGACAUGUACAGCUCCCAGCUCGGUCUCACCCUCACAGUUUACACUGUACCGCGAGGAUCAGCCGGUCAGACAAUCACCACACACGGGGCUUGUUAAAGUCUUCGAGAUCAAAGCAAUAAACGCCUCAGAUGAAGGAAGUUACCGCUGCAGAUAUCAAACUGCUCAGUCUGUGGAGUCGCUGCCCAGUCCCCGUGUGCCGCUCACUGUGAGAGCUGUGGACUGGUGGCCGGUAGCGGUGGGUGUGAAGCUGAGCGUUCUCCUCCUUCUGCACCUGGUGGUGGCUGCCGUGUGGAUCUGCAAAGCCAGAGGUGACGGGGCAGACACUCACACACCAGGAGUCACCCGGGAAACCUCCUGAACGGCUGAAGCUUUUUGAUGAUGUGUUGAAGAGCCACGGAGGGGUGUGGGGCGUGUUACCAGCCAGACGGGCGCAGGCUGGCGCUUGUCUUAUAUUUCAGAGUCUCUCAUUGACAAAAGGAGCUCAGACUCGUCGCUGUUCAGGGGAACAGGAUCUGCAAGGCAAAGCUUGUGGUUAAAGACAGUCUGUCAGGUCGUCCUCCCUACACUUGGGCCGAGAGUGAACACACAUUUCCUCAGCGUGAAUCUGCCGGCUUCUCUGUCCUUGUCAUGUGUGGCCUGGCUCAGUCACUCCCGCUUCUGAACCACAAGGUUGUGGGGUUCAGCCCCUCCCUCCCCCCA